CGACGGACAACAUUUAUAUCAUCACCGUAAAGGGCACAGUAAAUAGAAAGGUCAUAGUGACGUCAAACAAAGUUUAUUUGAAAAUAUCUAUAUCUCUGACUGUGACAAUUCUAUCGACGCUUUUAUAGCAAAAAAAAAAUAGAUAUAAAAAAAAAACACAACACUGAAGGACGAUAAUUAUGUAGAUAAAGAAAUAAAGGACAUCAUUCCACUUUGCUUGGAGGAUGGAAGCACACGGUGCAGGAUUGAUUGCCGUCUUAGGAAUAGUUGGUGCAGCAACUGGUGCAUUGUCGGCUAUUUUUGUUUACGCAAUGUGUGUUAGACGAAGUCGAUAUCCAAUGUUUGUACCUGGGGGUGGUCCACUUAACUGGUUUGAAAAGGAUAUGCUUGAUAGAGCUGAAGAGGCAUCAAAAUUAUCAAAAGAAGAAUUUAUUGAACUUGCUAAUGUAAAUGCUAAAAAUGAUUGUGAUUUAUCAAUGCUACAAGAUUUAAAUGACAAUGUUGUUUGUGAAGAAGUUGAAUGGACAAGAAGAGAUCCACCUUAUGAUGCUAGUAUUCUAGAUUCACGUGAAGUUAUUCAACGUCUUUCUGAGGGUGAUGAUGAACCACCAAAAACACCAGUUAGUCCAUUUGCACCAUCACUACCAGGUGGUAGUGUUAUUGCCUCGGAUGAUCGUAUGAUUAUUGUCAGACCACAGCCAAGAACAUCAACUGGUUCUAGACUCAACAGUGCAGACAGUGAAUAUGGAGUAUUUCAAAAACAAUCUUCAUGGUCGUCAUCAUCAUCCUUGGAUGAGCCUGGAGGUGAAUUACAAUUAUCCCUCGCAUUUAAUUCAUCAAAAGGAAUUUUAACAGUUAAACUUCUUGAGGCACAUGAAUUGCGAGCAAGAGAACUGAGUGGGAGUGCUGAUCCUUAUGCCAAGAUGAGACUACUACCCGAUCGAAGUAAUACGUGGCAAACAAAAGUGCACAGGCGCACCUUGAACCCUGUUUUUGAUGAAGAAUUUACAUUUGAAACAUCAUCAUUAUCUGGUACAACAUUGGAAGUACUUUUGUAUGAUUUUGAUCCUGUAUCAAAACAUCGUGCACUUGGCUAUGUACGUUUACCAUUACCACCUAAAAAUCAAGGUACAGAUCAUAUUGGUAAUGAGCCAAUAAUAUUAACAAGACCUAUACAUAGAUAUGGUGCUGAAGGAAGUGUAUAUCGUAGUGAUCCACUUGGUGAAUUAAUGGUAUCAUUAUUUUAUGAUAUAACAACAACAAAAUUAACUGUUAUUGUUGUAAGAGCAAUUAAUUUACUUAUUGCUGAUGAUUCUGGUACACAAAGCUCUGAUACAUAUGUUAAGGUAACAAUUUUUAAAGAUGGUAAAGGAUUUAAAAAAAAAAGAACAGCAAUAUGUCGAGAUGCUCAUAGUCCAGUUUGGAAUGAUGUAUUAACGUUUGAUCUUGGUGAUGAUAUAUUAUCAGAUUGUAAUUUGGAAUUUUCAGUUGUAAGAACAAGUGGUGAAUUAUUGGCACAUUGUGAAGUAUCUAAAAAAUGUCAAAAAGAAUUAUUUCAACGUGCACUUGCUGGUAAAGGUGCAUCUGUACAAUGGGUACCAUUAACUGGACCAGAUAAACGUGAAUAAUUAUUUUUCAUUAUUUAAAUAUUAACAAGGAAAAUGUAAGAUGAAACUUGAAGAUAAACAAAAUCAAAAGAGAACAAAAAAGAAAAAUCAUAAAAUAAUAUAAAUGAAUUGUUUGAUAAUAUGAGAAAUUAAAGAAAUUAUUAUUAUUUUUUUUUUUGUUGGGUACUAUGAUGGUACACAAUUUGAGAUGAUGGAAACUUUUUUGUGAAAAAGUGAUUUGUAUCAACGAUUAUAUUCGCAUUUAUUAGAUGAUAUUUGUAUAUCAAAAUACUAGAUUGUUUAUGUGUUUAAAUAUGUAUUAAUUAUUAUGGAUUUUAAUUAUUUUUAUCAAAGCAAAUGUCUGGUACUUGCUACUAUUUUUUAACAUGAAAAAGAAAUAAGAUAAAAAUGAUCUAUUUGAUUUUAAAAUAAACGUACAAAUCUUUUUUUAUUUUUUCUAUCAAAUUCAGGAGAUAUAUGAACAAGUUUAUAAACUACUUUGUUUUUUUUUAAACUUAACUGAAUUUUAAGAUAAUUGAAUUUAAAAAAAAAUAAAGGAUUUGUUUAUUUUUGAGUUAAUCGAUUUUUCAUACUAUCCCGGGACACAUAACAUUGAGCUGUCAGAAAAAAAAACCUUGAGAAAUAAUA